UCCUCCUUCCCCUCCUCGUCAUCAGGGGUGACCGCCGCGCCGCUGCCGGCAAAAUGCGUAUCAACUAGGUGCUGGACGACAGGCCAUCCGUAGGCGUUUGCGAAUUUGCGCCGCACGAUGAUGUUGUUAUGUGCAUCUGGCUCCAGCCGCACGAGGACCUUCCGCCAGGCGAGGUCGCGGUGGUAAGCGCGCGCGAUUUUCUCCUCGACUUUCAUGGCGGAGGAGUCUAUCUCCGGGAGCGGGGAAAGGGAGGAGUCAGAGGCGGUGGUAGCGAUUCUGUUAGUGCUGUGGUUGGAUGCCGGCGGGGACUUGGAGAGUUUGUUGCUGGUGGUGGUGGGUGGUUUGAGCGGGGGUGGGGGGAUAUCGGACGGGUGGUAGACGCGGUCGUGGAAGAUGGUGAGGGGGCGCGUGGAGGGGUCGAUGAGGAAGGAGAGCGGGGGGAGGGGGGGGCUGAGGAUGUCGCCCGCGGCUUCGAAGAAGCUAGUUCGUGGGGGGGCGGCGGAGCCUUGGGGGUCCUCGUGGAAGGCGGAGCUGAUGCCUGGGGUGUGGUUGGUGCUGGAGUCGGAGUCGGUUUUGCGGGUGGAAUCGGUCUUGCUGCUGGAGUCUGUUUUGCUGUCUGAUUUGCGGCUGGUGUCGUCGAAUUUGACGGUCUGGCUGCGCUUGUAGAUCUUGGAUUGCGUGGGGGAGUCGGGGGAUUUGGCGCGGGGGUUGAAGAAAUCGAGGAAGCUGUCGAUUGGACCUUUGGUGGAUGCUGUGCCAGUAAUCGGUGGUGAUUGCUGUGGCGGCGGAUGCAGUUCGUUCUCCUUUACGUUGCUAGAUGUCCGCUGCUGGCUCGACGACCGUCGGGUCAUUUUCAUGCUCUUCAGACUGCGUACAUCGUCCUCCGUCGCAUCUGGCGGAGGCUGCGGGACAUCUCCACCCCUCCCCUGCCGAGUAGGCGUAUUACUCCCAUUCGCCUCAGCCUGAGCCUGCGCAGCCUCCGUCUCCCUCGCCUCCUCCAUCCACUCCUGUCUCGCAGCCGCCGUUGCAUUCUGCCCCGUCAACUCGGCCCACCCCCACCCCGCCAUCGUUCCCACAAGUCCGUUCUCCCUCCUCGCCUUCUCCACUCUUCCCAGCCCCUGCCAAUCCAAGAAGAGCAGACAGCUCGUCCGCAGCGGCACAAUUCCAUCAUUCACAACAUUGGAAUACACCGUGCGAUUGCGGAACUUCUUGAGCGCUACAUGCGCCGGCCCUGUCGGCAAAAUCCGCAGCAGCGGCUUCGAGCGCGGGUCGCGUGGGUGCUCAAUCGAAUUCUUGGCGUUUUCGCCGAUGCCACUGACGAGGGCUCCCCAGCCGCUGCGGGCGAGAGUCGGCGCGCGCCAUGUUAGACCAAGAUCCUGGCCGGUGCGGCCGACGAGGCCGAAGUCGAGAGCGAACUUGACGUACAGAGGGUUCUCGUUGCUGAGACCAAGGAAAGGCGAGGCGAGACAGAUAAAGUUGACGGCCUGAAUCUUCUCAAAGAAGUCCGGCGAGUGCUUCUGGAUAUAUGCUACGGCGUAGGUCUGGAUCAGGCCGCCCAGCGAGUGCGCGAUGAAGCUGAUACUUGUGAUCUUGUAUGCGCGUUUCUUGCCAGUGGGCGGAUCUUUCUGGAUGCUGCUGUGAGGGUGUACUGCCUCGCCGAGCUCGACCUCUCUGGAUUUGUCGUGUGUGACUGCCGCUUUAAAACUCUCGCCAGCGCUUAUCCUGACGGAGUGGAGCGACUGGUCCGGAUAAGUCAUCGCUAAGACGUAUUUCGCCAAUCGCUUGCCUAGAUAUUUAAUCCCCUUCUCCGUGCGAACCGCAUUUCCGGAGAAUCCGCGGACUAUAACAUCCUCCUCGUCGUCAGUGUCGUCAUCCUUGGCAUGCUUUUGCUCGGAUGUUACGUCGGCGUUUAUGCUGCUGCUUUGCGCAGAAGCCGCCUCUGCCCUCUCCUUUCGGCGUUUGUCCCGCCGAAGUUUGGCCUCCUCUUUUGCCUUCUUUGCUCCAGCAUCUAUGCUUUCCUUCAUAUAGAGCAUAUCCGCGCCCAGAUUACUAUGCAGCCCAUGCGUCAAUACCACCAAGUGUAUCUUCUUCUGUUUCCUGUCAUCAGUCUUCUCCUCCCCAUUCGCCCUCUCACCCUCCACCUUCUUCCCCUCCUCAACCUUCCCCUCCUCAACCUUCCCGACCCUCCUCACCCCCUCCCCACCACUCAUAUCCUCCCCCCCUCCCCCUCCCACUCCGGCAGUCUCGGUGUAUUCCACAACCCCGCCGUAUCCUCCACCCUAACCCUCACCGCCUCCGAGAAAACCCCUGCCUCGCCCCCUUCCCCGCCCCCAUCUCCCCCCCACACUCCCCUCAUCCCUCCCCACAAGCACCUCAAACCUAACCCCCGCACUCGCCGAAAAAAUAACCUGACUCGCCACCUCCACAACCCAACUCGUCUCCUCAUCCCCCCUAACCUUCAGCCUCGCGGCCCACGCCGCCCCAGGCUUGAGAUUCGGUUCGAACUCCGGGACGCCGUCGAGCCUUGCGCUCACGCCGCUGGCGACGUCGACGCGGUGCGUGGACGGCGCGGCGGAGACGUAGAGCGCGUAGGGCCCGUGCAUGAAGGCUGCGCGCAGGGCGAUGGCCGAGGUGUUCUUGAUGCGAAGGUGCAGGUGGGAGGGGUGCGGGAGGAUGCGGUCCCGCGAGGGCGUGUAGGUGAUGGUGUAGCGGACGACCUCGCCGACUUUGAGGGCGCCGGGUUGCUGGAGGAGGAGCAUCGUGAGGGUUUGGGAGGUGUUCGGGCGAGGGUCAUUGCUGGUGGGAGCUUGGUAGAGGGGUCUGUCGGGUGCGUCGGAUGGUGGGUCUCAGGGUUAUUUCGAAUGGAGCGUUGGUCGCUUUGUGGAGAUUUAUACCAAAAACCAACUUUGGGGUUCUUCAAGCUUCUCGGGGUUCUUCAAGCUCUGGAGGUUUUGAAGCUCGUGUGUCGUCGUCCAGCCUUCCAUCCAAAUGCGGAGCAUGUGCUCACUCUUUAAAUUGUUCCAUAACCAGACAUGUGGGGGGCCGGGCCGACGGCGAUGACGACCUGUGGCGUAAAUGGGAGAUCAAGUGUGGCUGGUGUCAACAGCCAAGGAACACUGGCGAUUUCAAUUAUAAGGAGAUAAAUAAUGAGAAUGGAAGGAGGUUGUUUACAGAAAUAAAUAAUCGCUGGAAAUGGAAAAUAAUUUGGUAUUUCGGCUUCGGCGGCGUAGAGUGGAGCAAUUUGCCAGGGGUAACAACAAACUAUGAGAAUGGAAGAAGCACUUUAACAUUCUAGCUACGUCUCCUUUUCUUAG